AUUUACUUCAAGCAAAUUUAUUAUAUCGACUCUGAUUGUGGAGAUAGCAAGCAAAUUAAAUCUGAGAAAAAUUCAAUGUGUUUAGUUGGUCCAGGUCAUUUAUCAAAUCAGAGUUCCCAUUGCCACAAACAUAAUCGUUGUCCGUGCAUUGAGCCACCGCAAAAAUGGCCGAACUUUUGUGCCGCGAGAAGGAACUGUUCAAAAUUAAUCAGGAGCUCAACCUGCUGACCCUCAGUCCGGUCGCCGAGGCCAUGUAUCCGGGCAAAACGGGGUCGCCCACGGCCGUGGCCGUGCCCCGAUAUGCCACCUUCCAGAAGCACAAGGGUCCGAGCAGCCUGCUCCGCAAAAAGGGCAUAACCACUGGCCAAGUGCCCACCAAAUCCCGUCCGAGAACUCCGACCGGCAGAGAUGCAUUGGUCACAUCCCCGCUGCCCGACACCAACAAUCUGCUGGCCAAGACCAAGACGCCCGACUGGAGGAGCUCGAAACCGGCGCCGCAACCCACUUCGCCCAGCAGCCGCACGGUGUCCAAGUUCAGCACCUUCACGCGGGAUGUGAGCAGCAAGACGGCCACGUUCGUCAAGUACCGGAAUCCGCACUUCAGCGAAAGUGCCUCGCUGGACGAGCUGCUGCGGAACAACAAUGUCGAGGAUGUCGAGGAGACAGCCCGGAAACAGGAGGUCCAGGUCGAGGUGGAGGUCAACCAGAAGCGCGAGAGCACCACUGUCGUCAAUGGCCAGCUCAAGAAGCAGGUCACCAAGGAUAACUUUAUCAAAUUCCUCAAGGCCAAGGUGGCCAUCCUGGAGGAGGACCACGCCCACCACGCCGGCGAGCUGACCCGCCAGAAGGAGCAGCUCGAACUGGCCCUGGAAGCGCAGCGCAAGUCGGAGCACCAGCGCGACCAGACGAUCUGCGCCAACAAGCUUCUCUCCGAGCAACUGAUGCGGGCGGAGCGGCAGUGCGAGGAUGCAAGUCGGCGGCAGAAGGAGCGCCAGCAGGAGUUCAUCGCCCAGCAGCGGGAGCUGGAACAGCUGAAGCGGGACGCCAAGGUGGCCAGGCAGACGACGAUGAACCUGGAGAACCGCCUGUCCCGCGCCCAGGAGGAUGCCGAGACGGCACGCCAGGAGCUGAAGCAGCUGCGCGACGAGCAGCGCGACCAGUUGGAGGCGCAGCGCAAGGAGCUGAGGCAGCGGGACAGCCGGAUCCGGGCCCUGAAGCGCCAGCGGGGCGACCUGCUCAACGCCUACAAGAAGCAGCUCUACAUGAUCGACAACCUGAAGCGGCAGACCAGCUGCCUGGAGCAGUCGGCGGCCAUUGGGUUCGGCGAGAAGGAGUUCAACAAGGUGCUCGAGUGGAAUGUCAAGACGUGACUCCUUUGCUAGGCAUCUAAGCAAUGUACAUAAGUGGAAUGUAAUUACAUUUGAUGGUCUCUCACUCGGCCAAGUCCCCCA